AUGUUGCCUCCUACCAUGUUAGCUGCCAACGAUAGCACUUCCAGCCCUGCCUUCUUCAUCCUGGUCGGCAUCCCGGGCUUGGAGGAUGCUCACAUCUGGAUCUCCAUCCCCUUCUGCUUGAUGUACAUCGUGGCCCUGCUGGGAAACUCUCUGCUGAUAUUCACCAUCAUCACCGAGCGAAGCCUUCACGAGCCCAUGUAUGUGUUUCUCUCCAUGUUGGCUGCGGCUGAUCUGCUGUUGUCCACCACCACCGUGCCCAAGACUCUGAGCAUCUUCUGGUCCAUCUCCAAGCAGAUUUCUUUUCAUGCCUGCCUUGCCCAGAUGUUCUGCAUCUAUUUUGUUUUUGUGGCCGAGUCGGCCAUCCUGCUGGCCAUGGCAUUCGAUCGCUACGUCGCCAUCUGCAACCCCUUGAGAUACACGGUGAUUUUGACUCGCUCGGUCAUAGGGAAAAUAGGGGCAGCAGCUCUCGCUAGGAGCUUCUGUAUCAUGUUCCCCGUCAUCUUCCUCCUGAAGCGGCUGCCGUAUUGUGGGCACAACGUCAUGCCUCACACCUACUGCGAGCACAUCGGAGUGGCCCGGCUGGCCUGUGCUGAUAUCACGGUCAAUAUCUGGUAUGGCGUGGCAGCUGCGUUUCUCUCGGCGGGAAUAGAUGCCAUCUUCAUUGCUUUCUCCUACUUCAGGAUCCUCUGGACACUCAUGCAUUUCCCAUCCAGAGGUGCCCAUAUGAAGGCGCUGAACACCUGCGGCUCUCACAUCUGUGUGAUACUCAUGUUUUACACCCCCGCCUUCUUCUCCUUCCUGACCCACCGGUUCGGUCACCACGUCCCAAAGCAUCUUCUCAUCUUACUGGCCAACCUCUAUGUCAUCGUCCCCCCCAUGUUGAACCCCAUCGUCUAUGGGGUGAAAACCAAGCAGAUUCGAGGGCACGUGGCCCAGAUGCUCCUUCAGAUGUGGGCACGAUGCUGA